CAGGCGGAUGCCGAAAUCAGCCAGCCUCCCAUUGGAUUUGAUCCUCCUUUUCUUCUCCCCUUCCCCCCUUCCACUUCCCCACCCCCCCCACCCCGGCAAAGCGGGUGGAAAACCCAGGCGUCUGCCCGGAUCUCCUCCCCCCCCAGUUUUCCUUUCCACCCUGCAUCCCACCCUCCCCAAUUCUCCUCCUCCCCCCGUCUAUUGUUGGCAUGGGCAUAACCCGCGUCUGAUCCUUUCUAUUGCUUGGCCCCUGCCAGCCCUCCGCUGGGCGGAUUGGCCCCUUCCCUCCUUCCCCUUGGAGCUCUGAGGCGGAGGAAGGAAGGAAGAUGCUUCGGGAUGAAAAGCAGGUAGCAGCCGAGGCCAGGCCGGCCCAUCUUCCCGGCGAUGUGAAGCCGGGGUGCCCUCCGGCCCGGGUCCCCCUCACCCCUUCGGAUGUGUGAAAGCCACUGGGCGCUCCCCCCCUGUCCCGCACACCUGCCCCGUUUCAGGCAGCGUGGCCUGCGCCUGGCUUCCCUCCCUCGGGUCUCCCCUGUUCCCCCCCUGGACCUAGGCUGUCUCCCCGCUGGUGGCCCCCGCCGAUCGAUGCCCGCCGAGCUCCAACAAUGCUAAGGCAGGGGCACGUCAUCCUGCUGGCCGCCUCCAUGUCGUAUUUCAACCCGGACAGAGCAUUAGCUGCGCCGCUGGAGAACGAUGGUCUGUCCCAAGGCCAGUUCCCUCUUGCUCCCCCUUAUGCUGUGGUCUUGAUCUCCUGUUCGGGUCUCCUGGCCUUCGUCUUCCUCCUCCUCACCUGCCUGUGCUGCAAACGGGGCGAUGUUGGCUUCAAGGAGUUCGAGAACCCGGAUGGGGAGGAGUAUUCGGGGGAAUACACGCCACCCGCUGAGGAGACCUCAUCAUCCCAGUCCAUCCCAGACGUCUACAUCCUGCCGCUCUCUGAGGUCUCGCUCCCGGCUCCCAACCAGCAGAUGCCCAAGACAGACCUAGUGAAGCAUCUGGGAUUGAGCCGGCAGCACCUCAGCUACCUGCAGGAGAUCGGGAACGGCUGGUUUGGGAAGGUGAUCCUGGGGGAGAUCUUCUCAGACUUCACCCCAGCCCAGGUUGUGGUGAAGGAGCUUCGAGUCAGCGCUGGACCCCUGGAGCAGAGGAAGUUCCUGUCAGAGGCUCAGCCCUAUCGAAGCCUUCAGCACCCCAACAUCCUGCAGUGCCUGGGGCUGUGCACGGAGACCAUCCCCUUCCUGCUCAUCAUGGAGUUCUGCCAGCUGGGCGACUUGAAGCGCUACCUGCGAGCCCAGUGCCAGGCAGACGGGCUGACCCCCGACCUCCUGACCCGCGACCUCGGCACACUUCAGCGCAUGGCCUAUGAGCUCAUCCUGGGGCUGCUACACCUGCACAAGAACAACUACAUCCACAGCGACCUGGCCCUGCGGAACUGCCUGCUGACCUCUGACCUCACCGUCCGUGUCGGCGACUAUGGCCUCUCGCACAACAACUACAAGGAGGAUUAUUACAUCACCCCUGACAGGCUGUGGAUCCCACUGCGCUGGGUGGCGCCGGAGCUGCUGGACGAAGUUCACGGGACACUCGUGGUGGUGGAUCAGAGCAAAGAGAGCAACGUCUGGUCCCUGGGGGUGACAAUGUGGGAGCUGUUUGAAUUCGGCAGCCAGCCCUACCGGCACCUGUCGGACGAGGAGGUUCUCGCCUUCGUCAUCAAAGAGCAGCAGCUGAAGCUGGCCAAACCACGCCUGAAGCUCCCCUACUCUGACUACUGGUACGAGGUGAUGCAGUCAUGCUGGCUGCCAGCGCCACAGCGCCCCACACUGGAGGAGCUGCACCUGCAGCUGACCUACCUGCUGACGGAGCGCUGCCACGCGCAGGCGGAGGAGAGUUUUGAGUGGCGCUGGAACGCCUUGAAGCCCAAGCGCUCGCCGGCCACCUCCCCCCCCUGCCGGCGCCGCUCAGAGGAGAUCUCGGCCUACCCGCUGCUGGAUGGCUUCCAGGGGGCCGACCUGGAUGACGUCCUCACGAUCACCGAGAGCAGUCGGGGGCUCAACUUCGAGUACAUGUGGGAGAAGGCCCGGCUGGGGCGCUGGAAGGCCAGCCCGGCCCCCGGGGCCACCCCCACCAGCAACGGCAGUCUGGCUGUGCCCGGCCCCAACCCCUUCUAUGAGGCGCCGGCGCGGCAGAGCCUGGAGACGCCCAGCGUGGUCCCGGUGAUUAGCGCCCGCAGCCCCUCUGUUAGCAGCGAGUACUACAUCCGGCUGGAGGAGCACGGCGACGGGGAAGGGCCCGAGGGCACCGUCUGCACCCCCAGCCCCGUUUUCGAGCGCCAGUACGGGGUGCCCGGCUCCCCACCGGAGCCUCUCUUCCCUUCCGACUGGGACCCCAUCGAAGCAGGCCGGGGCAGCCCUCCGCCCCUGGCCCGGCACCACCUCCCCCACCUCCUGCAGGAGGGGCCGGCCAGCUGGGUCCCCGGUGCCACCAACCCCUUUACCUCAGUGUCCCGGGAGCUGGCCCGGUGCGGUGCCAACCCCUUCCGGGCCGAGAUCCAGGAGACCUCGCUGACAGAUCCGGUGCCGGGGGGCAUCUUCCUGGGGGAGUCCCUGCUCCACGUGUACCAGGAGCUGGAGGAGCAGCAGCGUGGCUGGGAAUGCGAGGGGCUGGAGGAGCGGGGGGCCGGGGAGACGCUGGCGGGGGACCCCUCGGAGUUCCGCCCCUCGCCCCCCUGGGACCGGGAGCCCUCCCUGAUGGAGGAGCAGAGCUCGGCUGGCAGCACGGAUGGGGAGGACGCCAGCAGCGGCGGGGACGGGCGCCGCAACCCCCUGCUCUGCCCGCUCUGCAGCCGGGGCGGGCGCUGCCGCUGUGCCCCGGGCCGGGGGGAGGUCGUGAGUGGCUGGAGCAACCACGCCCCCAUCCCCCGGCCCCACCGCGACAGCUGCGGCACCGAGGACGAUUCCUCCCUCAAGGUGGAGCGGGGCUCCCUGGCCGACUGCCCCAUCCUGCUAGGAGAGGGCCCCCCCGGGGCUGGAGAGGGCGGGGCUGGGCCGCUCGGCCCACCCCAUUUGGCCGGGGCGCCACCCCCUCCCUCGGCAUUCUACGACCCGCUGAUGGGCACGGCCGUGGUGAGCUACGAACUUCAGGACUACCCCAAGCGGGGGGUGGCUGGGCGGCCGCCGGGCUCGCCCUUCCCCGGCCUGACCGCCGCCUGCUGCAGCGUCAUCGUGCCGGUGGAGAUCCCGCCCCUGGCCACACUGGCGGAGAGCGCCGACGAGGAGACCAUCGCCAUCGUGCCCGAGGCCGCAGACGGCUUCGCGGCCAGGCCCGAGAUCGGCCCGGCCCCGGUGGGCCGGCGGAGGGGCCCGCUGGAUUCUGGGGACUCGCUGGACCUCCCGUCCAACACCAGCUCCUCCGAGGGCUGCAGCCCGGCCUCCCGCUUCUCCUCGCCGGGCCAGAAGUUCCCCGACAGCGGCUACGAGACGGAGAACACCUUCUCCCCGGAGCUCCUCGUCCGGGAGCCCGAGGAGGAAGAGGAUGGGGAGUCGCCCGGCGAAGGGGAUGCUGCCCAGCUGCCCCCCACGCCCAUCUCGGAGUCCACCAGCGACCUGACACUGUCGGAGGAGACGCCGGGGGCCGAGGAGGAAGCAGGCUCGGGGCGGGGGCUGGCCACGACCCACCGAGAUUCGGCCUAUUUUUCCGAUGGCGAGGGGGAGGGGGGCCAGGGGGAAGAGGAGGAGCCAGAGGCGGGGCAGGACGAGGGGCAGCCGGCGCCGGCCAAGGUGGAGGCCGGCUUCGUAGUGCAGGUGUGCAAGGAGCAGCUGCUGGUGUCGCUGCGGGAGAACAUCACCCGCAACCUGCUCUGCAACCACCGGGAACUGGGGACCUCGGUGUCCGGGGCCCCAGCUGCCAAGGAGGAGGCCGUGAUCCGACUCUGGGCCCUGGAGCCCGAGGGGGCCCAGGGCGCUGGAGACGAGCAGGAAGGGGGCGGCGGGGAGACGGCAGGUGGGCUGCCCCAGGAAAAGGAGGAGGGGGCGGAGAGCGAGGAAGGGCAGCUGGAUGGCCAGGAGGUGCCGGAGCUGAGCGGGCAGGCCCCUGUCCCCAGCCCCGAGGGGUCCGACCUGGCAUCUGAGCAGCCGCAGCCCCAGCCCCACCUGGACUUCAGCACGGCAGGGAGCCCAGGCAACGAGGACAUCAAAGCCAAGGUCUCGCGCCUGUCGCUGGCGCUGCCCCCGCUGAGCCUGCAGCCCUUCACCGGCCCGGGGGGGCGGAAGGGCUGCGGGGGGCUGACACCAGAGGAGGAGGGGGCUGGACGGGGGGUCCUGGGGCCAGGCGAGGAGGAGGAGGAGGAGGAGGCGCCGGGUGUCGGGGGCGUCCCCAUCGUGGUCAGCGACUCAGACGACGGGCGCAACCUACGCGGGCUGCUCAAGUCCCCACGCUCGGCCGAGGAGGCUGCCGAGCUGGACCGGAAACGCAAGAUGGUGUCCUUCUUCGACGACGUCACCGUCUACCUCUUCGACCAGGAGACGCCCACCAACGAGCUGAGCUUGCAGAGCGGCCCGGAGGGCGAGGGCGGCACCACCCAGGGCCCUGCUGGGCAGCCUGCUCUUGAGGCCUUCCCGCCCGCCGACGGAUUCAGUGGCAGCUUUGAAUGGGAUGACGACUUCCCGCUGAUGGCCCAGAACCCAUCCUUCGUCUCCAUGGUGACGGACCCCAGCUCAGGGGCCCCCCCAACGCCGCCCCCAGCGCUGCUCCCGGCCAAGGGGGCAGAGCCCAGCCUGAUGGACGCCCUGCGCUUCUCUCGCUUCACCGUCUCCCCUGCCCUCGAGCCCCACCUGGCCCCCCGUGAGGCCGAGCUGGCGCCCACAGCCAACCCCAUUGAGAACUGAGGUGGGGACCUGCCCCCAGCAAUCAGGGACUCCUCGGGAUGGCACUGGGCCAUCUCACCCCCUAGCCUGGCUGGGAGACGCAUGCGCCAGGCGUGUUCUGGGGGACACAGAGACUCAGGGGCGGGGGGCAAGGCCAGCGUUUUGGGAUCCCUCCCGCCCCCACAAGGACUUGCUUCUCUGGACAAUUUUUUUACAGUGACUCAGCCUCUGGGGGGCAGCCAGGUUGCUGAAUGUGCCUGCUCCCCAGUGCCCCUCUCUGCCCCUUUCCCCGCACGUGGGAGUUUGCUGUCAAAACUGUCUUGUGCCAAAUCCAACCAAUCCAAGGGGCAGCGAGCUAUGUAUCGGGGUGGGGGUGGGGGCUCACACUGCCCUCCCCCAGGACUGGUCCCCCUACCAGUUUAACUCUGUGUCUCAAGCAAAGAGGGAAAAUGCCCCAUAACUCAUCAGCAAUGGGGGGCUCCCCCCAACCAGCCCUGUCCCCCCCCCUUGUGGAAUUUAGGCCCCAAAGCUGCCGCCCGCUUCCCCCUCUUGGCACCAGAUGCUGCCUGACGGAUGGACAGAUGGACAUGGGGGGCAUUGUUAUACAGACACCUUUGUUCCCCCCCCAGGACGUGCACUGAGGAUGGAGCCCCCACUCCUUGCAGCUGGAGAUCAGCUGGGGCCCCAGGAUUCAGCGGGGAGGGGGAAUGAGGGGAGGGUUGGCUGAGGUCUGACGCUUGCUAGUUCGUACUGGGGGCCGAGUGGAGACCCUGGGCUGGCGCAGGUGGCUGCUGGGUUAUUACCGGCAUGGGGGCAGUGGGGGCGGCACAUCACUGGUUUCUACUGGGAGCCUGAUGGAGUCAAUGGGGGUUACAGAGCCUGUUGCAGGGGAGGGUCGCUGGGUGUAUUUUCUAGUCCUAGGGGCCCACCCCCGCCUUUGGCCCGUUGGGGGUGCAUGGGGUUAGGCUUAGGGAAGGGGGCCUGGGGUCUUUCCCCUCUAGGAGCCACCAGCUCCCAUCUGCCCGAAUUUGAGGGACUGGCUGGGUCAGGGGGGCAGGGAAUGGGACAUAGGGCCUUUCCCCACUAGGGGGCACCAGCUACCCAGUAUCCUGCCCCUUUUCUCCUGGAUCAGACCCAUGGGUCCCUCUGCCCUGGUGUCCGGCCCCCCUUGGUGCCCCACUGGAUCACAGCCAUGGGUCCAGCUACCCCAGUGUCCCACCCCCUCGCCCAGCCCUAUCUAGCCUGUGUCAGAAGUGGGCCUGGAUUUCACUGGCACCCUCCAGAGCACGUUUCUGGCUCAGUUUGUCAUUAAGGGGGGAUCUACCUGCCCCCCAAGAACCAACCCCCCCCACACACACACACCAGGCAGCUGCCAAACAAGGCCAGGUCUGUAAAUAUGUGGGCACGAGGAGACGCCUGGUGUCUCGCCUGGCGCCGCCUUCGGCCUGCUCCUGAUUUGCCAAAAUGAACAAAGAUUAAAAAAGAGUGAAUAUUAACCCCCAAGUGUCUGCUACCCGCGAGCCGUGGGGGAGGCUGGACACAUGGAUGGCGGUGGGUUUUGGGGGAGCGAGGUCGUGGGGGAGAAGGUUGUGGGCUGAUGGAGGGAUUAAGUGCUGCACUGUAUGGGAUAGUGGGAUGGAGUGGGUAUGUGGGGGGACGUGUGGGGUACAUUGAGGGAUGGCUGGAGGGAUGCAUGUGGGGGAAGACGGAUGGAC